AUGGACGCCGGCGACUCGGACGGGCAGAAAAUGCGAGCGAAGGCGGUCUGGGCUCAGAAGGCGGCGAAGUCAGCGGUGAGCGACGGUGGCACCUCACCUGUCGCCUUGCUGAAGCUGGUGGAAGAGCUGCAGGGGAGCUACUGUGACGUCAUCGCGGCGGACGAUGAUCAAAUCAAUCGGCCGCGACGGACGAUACGGACGCCCAUGAUUUGUGAAAAAUAA